CACUGAUCGAUAUCGGCUUGAUGUCUUGGUAACCUCUGAAAUGGCGGCGCCCGUGCAGGAGAGGACGUGGUUCGAAACAGGAUGCCGGUCAACUGUUGCUGAGACCUCCGACGCAUACGAUGGCUUGUCCGUCCCCAUGUGCGGUCGAGACGAAGCCGCUCCUUCUCUCCUCGUUUGUGGAAAGCAGUAGAAGUGAGAAGUUACCAGCAGGACUUCUCGAAAAGAAGCAGCACUUCGGAGGUGGAAAAUUGUCUACUACUAUCCAGUAAGAGUAGAUCGAUCGGGAAGUAGAGGACCAGCACGGGGAACCAUAAGAAGAAUCCGUUUUUAGACUGCGUAACUUUUUCUCUCCUUAUACGAGCGGCAAGUUGUUGGGUGGCAUCACUUCAUCACGACCCUAAGUACCACACGCAAAGAACUUUUGUUCAUUCCAUCGGGAAGGUUCGAAAGCAAGACCCCGGGAAGAUGAAGUUGAUACAGACAGUCAAGUAUCCCACAGAAAAAAGCUGGCCCGGCAUAUUUGUAAUGCAAAAAUAAAUACACAGAAAGAUCUGUCAUGGGCGGCCUCAUAGCAUGCUGUUUCGGAUAUGCAAUACAAAUUUUUUUUUCUAGUUAUUUUUGCAUUACAAAUAUGACCUGCCAGUUUUUUUCUGUGGGAUAUCAAGCGACGGAUGGGGAACGAGGAGGGCAAGCGGGCACCCCCAAGCAGAAAAGAUGUCGGCAAAGCGACCGCAAAACCCGGAGCCUCAAGGCCCGCGUCAGGAGGUAGAAUAUCUGACAGAUAGAUUUCGAUUUUUCUCUUGGAAAGACCACAACCCCAUGCGGACGUGGAAUCUCUUUCUUCGAUGCAUUGUGAAGAAGGCAGUGCAGUGCAUAUAAAAUCCUCUUGUCCACCUCUCCGUUAUUACGAGUAAAAAGUCUCGAUUAUCCUUCAAACAGAUCCCGGCACUCUUUUCGGGUCGUUGCCAACACUGCGGGAAACGCCAGUGUCCGAGCGAGGGGAGCUGUUCCGCCGAAAACUAGCAGCCUGCAGCGCGGCGGUAUUCGACUUCCACAGUGAGGCAAAUCCAACGGAAAAAGAAGCAAAGCGACAAGCACUUCUCGAAAUCGUGGAAUACAUAAACAACACCCGAAAUUGCUUCACGGAGAGCAUAAUGGAGGACGUCGUCAACAUGGUGGCCGCCAACAUUUUCAGAUCACUUCCGGCGAGUAUCGACUGCAACCUUGUCGCUGUCCCUCUAUUGCAUCGCGAUGGCCAUCCUUUUGGAAUGGAAUAGCAGGAACACAAGAACGACGAAUAAAAUCAAAUGUACCACCUUUUGGCAUGUGAGUUGCAUGUUGUUUGUAAAUUAGCAUAAUCGCAGAGGUUGCGAGUCUUCGGUCUCCCCUCGGACAAAGAUUGAGCCAAUUGUAGGAAUCCGAAUAGUACACAUUUGGGGGCAAAGUUUUUGCAGUCGAUAGGAAACAACAGAACAAUUAUGCGAAUCUACGACCCUGAGGACGACGAGCCGCAGCUUGAUUCCGCAUGGCCACACCUGCAAAUCGUACAAUCUUUACUACACAAAAUUGUCAUGGAUUCUACUUGACGAAUCAAUGAAUGGGAAAACUACAGGAAGGUUUUGAAGUCAUGACAUGGAAUGAUAUUUACUACCGCCAGCCCCGGUUGGGAGUUGCUACUACCUGUACUUCUAUCUCAUCACGGCGAUCUCUUUGCAUCACAAAGUGCUGAUUAGAUAGGUGAUCUACGAGAACAUGAAUAACGCGCAAUCAGGUUUACGAGUUUUUUCUCCGAUUUGUGGUUUCCAACGACGUCGACCCCAAAAUAGCAAAACGAUUUAUCGACGCAAACUUCGUGCUGAAACUGCUGGAGCUGUUUGACUCCGAGGACUGCCGAGAGCGGGACUACCUGAAAACUAUCCUGCACAGAGUGUAUGUUUUUUUUCCUUUUGUCAAGUUCUUUUCGUUGUGGUAGAAAAAGGAAAAAAAAAGAAAUCUGCCAGGCGCAGGUACAGACCACAAAGAAAUGAAAUAAUUUUCAUUCUCCUUUUCACAUACAUACUCAGAUACGGGAAGUUUAUGGCGCUGCGCAGCUUUAUCCGAAGGGCGAUACAGCACGUCUUUUUCAAGGUGAUAUACGAGUCAGAAAUGCACAACGGCGUCGGAGAGCUACUGGAAAUUCUCGGGUCAAUCAUCAACGGGUUUGCCUUGCCACUGAAGGACGAGCACAAGGACUUUCUCGUGCGCGCACUGAUACCACUGCACAAAGUACGAAACUGACCAAAACUACCGGGAACAACAUCCUUAUCAGCUUGCAUUAAAACACGCGAUAGAACGGUUAGGCACCAAAAGAUGAAGUGGAGAGCGCUUGUAAUCGAUGUCAUGUGGUCCUCCGUUUGGAGAAGUUUUUUUUGAAAGCUGCUUGUUGCAAUAUGCUGCAAAUACAGUAUAGGCAAACUGAUAUUAAAGGAUGCAAAUUUUUUGGGUGCAUAGAGUGUCAAGUCCCUGGCGAGCUUCCACCAGCAAUUGAGUUACUGUAAGACACUGAUACUGGUUGCAGUUGUUGACGUUUUUUUGUUUCGCGAAACUAACAAGAAUAACUAGAAGUAGAUGCUUGAUUGGUGUUUUCCUUCUUCCGUACUUGGCGCUCCUCGCUGCAUCCUACACUGCUUCGCUCAUGCUAUUUGGACUCAACACAGGUAUGACGCAGUUUGUGGAGAAGGAUCCCAAGUUGGCGAUUGACAUUGUGAUUUCCAUGCUGAAGUUCUGGCCAGUGAGCCUGACGAGCAAGCAGAUACUCUAUCUGAACGAAUUGGAGGAGAUCUUGGAAUAUCAAAUGCAAAAAUGUCUGGGUCUGGAAGAACUGAAGGUUUGUCAUGCUUGUCCGGCAUGGCUGAAAAGCUUGUGAUGCGUGUUCAAGAAAAGAACCUUUUCCCUGUCAUGCAAAAACGCAGUUUGUUGUGCGGAAAACGCAACACAAGGCAGCGCAGAUAUUUCGCAUGCUUGUCUGUGCAUUACAAAGCAUUCACUUCUAUUCCCAAUGCAGCAUUACAAGUUUCCAGACCCAGACACUUUUGCAUUUGAUAUGGAACUCGUGCAGCCACCAGAGUUCGUCGCCAUCCAAAAGCAGCUCUUCAAGCGCGUUGCAUUAUGUACACAUUUUCGAUUUUACCUGCAUAAUCGUUGUACACAACGACCUGUUCUUGACAAUCAGUUGCGUAGUUCUACUCUCAGUGGAGGAGCAGCCCCUUGUGAGAUGGUGUUGGCACUAGCUUCGACGACAGCACAUAGGUUUAUUUGCAUGUACGAUCAGCGGAAAGAAAAACAACAGGUAUCGACUGCCCGCAUUUCCAGGUGGCGGAGCGAAGUUUGUUUUUGUGGAACAACGACUACAUAGUGAAGCUGAUCAAUUCCAACAGAAAAGAACUCUUUCCCAUCGUGCUCGGUGCGCUGUAUAACACCUCGAAGCACCACUGGAACUCGGCGGUAUCUUAUUUCGCGCUUGUUUCCAUGUCCUGGCGAGGGUCAUGUCGUAUUUUCCUAGACGGUGUUUUUCUCUUUGCAUUCCCAAUCGCGCAGCGAUUCCAUUCCAUACAGGUGGCUGCGCGUGGAUGCGAUUCCUUGUAGGUGCUGGUCUCCGUAAGAACAGACAGCCACGAUUUGUUGUUGGUUGAAUAUGAGAUAUAGAGGAAAUUAUCAAUAAAAGGUCCACGGGCUCACAUUCAACGUGCUGAAGCUGCUGAUGGAAGCGGAUCCCCCGCUGUUUGACGAGUGUAGCGCCAACAAUCGCGCAUCGCUGGAGGAGGAGAUGGGGAAGAAGGAAAGAAGAAAAACGCUGUGGGCGGAUCUGGAAGUCAUGUACGCGAAGCGCGACCCAGCGAGUGCGAUGCUCGAAAAUCCACCCGCGGCUCCCCUGCCCGCGGCGUGAGAAGAGCGAGGGUUUAGCGCACAGAAGAAAAAAUUCUUCGAUGUUUUUCCGGCUCAACACGAAGCGGCCUACGAUGGCCGGCAGGCGACAAGACGACCAGUAGUACUUAUUCAUCUCCCAGCGACGCUUAUCUUCUCGGAAAACAUCAGAACAACCGGCGAUUUUAAAAGCCAAUCAACAGUGUUUAUGAAUUUCUUUCCAGCAGGCAACAACUACGGUUGGCUUAUUAUACCACAGUAUCUAUCUAUACACAUCCUUUUUCAUCUUCUUAUUCUUUUAGCAAACACGGUCUAUUAGAGUUUUUAUCUAUACACAACACACAAAACAGUCUUAUUUGGAAAAACAGUCUUAGAGGUCUACCAAAUAUAUCGAAAGCGAUUUUUACACGGCGGAAAAAGUCUUGUGCAAAAGCGACAACAAAACACAUGCUGAAAAGCGGGGCUUCUCGCACCACGACAGAAGCUUUCGUAGCUCGUGUCAGACGCGUAGCAGUAUGGAUCGUUCGAUCUCAGAAGUCGUGAAAUUUAAUACUCAACACUGAAUCUGCGAGCCACAGCUUUUAUUUUAUGGGGGGCACCACGACACGUAGCGUAUUUCACCUGCUUUUUCAAGUUGUCAGACGGAUCUUCGGAUUCCUAUCGAUAGAUUCUUUACCCUGGUGUCCUAGCUGUGAAGGAUGGACCGGCCUAUGAACUGCAAAAGUGUCGUACUCGUAUAAAUGCAUUACAAAUUUCCUCAGCAUGAGAGAUAAAAUAUGUAAUGCUGAUUUAUCUUAAGAGAAAGAUUUGUAAUGCAUGACUGCAAUACGAGCGCGAUACUUUUGCACAGGAUACGGCCACUACAGUGUUGAUGUCCACGAAUUAUCGGCUAUGAUCGAGCACGCCACAGAGGUCAUUCGCACAAACAUCGUCGCCACGAAAACAAGAUGUUGAGCCUUGCUGACGAUGAGAAUAGAACUCUUGUCGUGGUCUUACCGCUGAGUAGCAAAAUAUCAAAAUUGAGGAUAACCUUAUUUCGUAUCACAAUCCGCCGCCCAGCGACCUUCUUUCCACGGACUCACCGGCUCCGAUUCACAUCCGCGACUGCGCUGCGUACAGCAUUUCGAUAACGAGUUAUAAUAUUUAUGCGACCUCCGCUCAAAAUGAACAAAGUGAAUGAAAGCAGAAUUUUGGCAUAAGUGAGUAGAAACAACAUCGUUCGUCACCAUGCAGUCCGGGGCAUGGCGGAA